AUGUCAUCUACAGGUCAUUUUCCGGGUGCCCCUCAUAAUACGGAACCCGUCACGACAAUGGCGACUUCGUCAUCUCAACCGAUGGUAUCACCAAGUAGCGCCUCCUACACAGUUCCCCAACAACCGCCUGGGAGUCAGAGUCAGCAAGGCGAACCAUCAUCCGUGUCAAGUCAACCCGCCCCAUCGUCAGUCAAUCCAAGAUCUGCGCCGACGGAUGAACCUCGAGCAGCAUCGUCGGCAUCAAAUGUUCCUCCUGCAGGCGACGCCCCGGCCGCGGAUCCCGGUGCUGAACCUGGUGCAAAUCCAGCGGCUGAUCCAGGUGCCAAUCCAACUGCCGGCCAGGCCGGAGAUCCAGGAACGACUUCAACCGAUACUACAAGUACAACGACUACUGACACGACGGCAACUACGACAACUGGUACGGCAACUACGGGCACUGCUACAACUACUACAACGACGUCUACUGGUACCACAGCUACCGCAGCCAUAACCGGGAGAAUAACACCGCCGGUUUCCAUGGAAACCAUUUUUCAGGAAGUUAUCAAAAGAUGCAAUAAUUGUCUCUUCUUGGUCCGGAAGCUGCGCAUAAAACAGGAUCAUAUCACAGAUUUAUAUCUGGGCAAUGAAGAUACCCACGAAUUCAAACAUGCUGCUCAACUCUACAAAGAUUUCGGAGUCAUGAUGCAAGAAGUGAUGUUACUCUAUGAUAAACUCGAUCACAUUGCUCGCCGACUUCCGCAAGUCCUUCCACCAACUGAUAAUCUCAACGUGAUGCGCCUUUUGUACACUCAAGAGCAUACAAUGUAUCACACUGACAUUUUUGGUCUGAUUGAGAAGAUGAUUGACUCGGGGAACUGGAAUGAAGGAAAUUAUCAAAUCUUCUUUUUCUUAUCGGAACUGCUUCGCGUUCCUGGUGGUCGUAAGGACAACCGGUAUCCGGAUCUCUUCCCUCUUCCAGAGCCACGUUUCCAUUUUCAUGCCGUAAACGGUCACAUGGCUUUCGAGACUGCCUAUAACAACAUGAAAAAGGAGAUUGUGAUCAAGUCACUUGGAAUUUAUCCGAAAACUCUGUUCCGCACUUCAUCGAGUCUUAUUAUUGAGUUCCUCUUCGGUUGUGGCGGUGGAAAAGUGAUCACCGACAGCGAUGUUGUAAUCACAAUCAAGUUCCUAGUGAUUGAGCGUUAUGGCAUUGUUGAAUACAUCAACAUGGUUGCACCCAAUGAGGGCUGGGACUGGGUUAACAACUAUGGAGUUCCAAUGCUCAAUCCAUUCACACCAUCUUGCUACGAAGUCUAUCGUCGUCUCACCCGACAAGCGAACAUCCAUCUUUUGAACUGUUUUGGACAACACGCAAGUCGCUGGACAUCUACCUCACUUCUGCAAUUUGUUUCCUUGUUUGGAAAGUUCCGAGAUGUGUUCACAGCGAGAUGCCGUGUGUGCAAAAAAUUCCUCAAGAACUAUCUUCCGCCACUCAUUUUCGACAUUCGUACGCCCAACAACGCCGCCCAUGAAGCUUGCCGUUAA